AUGUAUGACACUGGUAGUAAUCUGGAUGCUCAUGUUUCCUCUGUUCUUAUUGAUGGGCGCUGGGUUUGGCCUCCCGCUCGGUCUGAUUUCCUUGUGAAGAUUCAGAGUCGGUUGUUUGAUGUUGCUAUUGGGGAAAGAGACAUUCCGAUAUGGAAGGCUUCUAGAGGGAUCUACUCUUGCUCUGAAACCUGGAACUGUCUUAGGACUAAGUUUACGGAAGUUGCUUGGAGUCAUGUGGUUUGGUUUCCCUUGGCAAUCCCAAGACAUGCGUUUAUCUUAUGGCUUGUUUUCAAGGGUGUUCUCGUUACUAAGGAGAGGAUGUGCUAG